AUAGAAUGCGCAUGCGCAGACGGUCUGUUUUCAAACCAGUAGAAGGAAGAAGCCGCAGUAGAGGCGGUAGAUGAAGAGAAGCAGCAUCGUCUUUAACUUAGUAUUUAUCAGGUUUAGCUUCAACUUAUAGUCUUACAAUGGAUUUAGAAACUGGAACAUACGAACCAGGAUUUGUUGGGAUUCGGUUUUGUCAAGAAUGCAACAACAUGUUAUACCCUAAAGAGGACAAGGAGAACCGUAUCCUGCUUUAUGCGUGCAGGAACUGUGACUACCAACAAGAGGCAGACAACAGCUGCAUCUAUGUCAACAAGAUCACCCACGAGGUUGAUGAGUUGACACAAAUCAUCGCUGAUGUAUCCCAGGAUCCAACACUACCGAGGACAGAGGACCACCCCUGUCCCAAAUGCGGUCACAAGGAGGCAGUGUUCUUCCAGUCUCACAGUAUGAAGGCUGAGGACGCAAUGAGACUGUACUACGUCUGCACGGCUCCUCACUGUGGACACAGAUGGACGGAGUAAAGCUGGUGAUAAUGAACAGGUCUAACAUUUUUCAUCUACAGUACUGCUGUUCACAAAAAGCUGCAGCUCAAAUAGAGUUAUUUUUUUACUCUUACUGUGCAGUUUGUUGUCCAACAGCAGAACUGCUGCUUUCUGUAGACCCUGAACGUAUCUUUGUUUGUUUGUCAGACAACCAUCUUGUGAAUAUAAUGUAUUAAUAGUUUUUUAUAACAUGUUUUGUUAGAUUAAAAGAAUCAGUUGUUUCAAA